AUGGAGGACGGCUCCAGCUCGCCCGUGUCCCCCGUGGACAGCCUGGGCACCAGCGAGGAGGAGCUCGAGCGGCAGCCCAAGCGCUUCGGCCGGAAGCGGCGCUCCAGCAAGAAGUCGAGCGAAGAUGGCAGCCCGACCCCGGGCAAGCGCGGCAAGAAGGGCAGCCCGAGCGCGCAGUCCUUCGAGGAGCUGCAGAGCCAGCGCAUCCUGGCCAACGUGCGCGAGCGCCAGCGCACGCAGUCGCUCAACGAGGCCUUCGCGGCGCUGCGCAAGAUCAUCCCCACGCUGCCCUCGGACAAGCUCAGCAAGAUCCAGACGCUCAAGCUGGCCGCCAGGUACAUAGACUUCCUCUACCAGGUCCUGCAGAGCGACGAGAUGGACAGUAAGGUGACCAGCUGCAGCUACGUGGCCCACGAGCGCCUCAGCUACGCCUUCUCCGUGUGGCGCAUGGAGGGCGCGUGGUCCAUGUCCGCCUCCCACUAG